GAUGACCAGAGACUGCGGACACAGUACAGGAGAGAUGACCAGAGACUGCAGACAUAGUACAGGAGAUGACCAAGAGACUGCAGACAGCACAGGGAUGACCAGAGACUGCAGACAGCACAGGGAUGACCAGAGACUGCAGACAGUACAGGAGAUGACCAGAAGACUGCAGACAGUACAGGAGAUGACCAGAGACUGCAGACAGUACAGGAGAUGACCAGAGACUGCAGACAGUACAGGAGAUGACCAAGAGACUGCAGACAGUACAGGGAUGACCAGAGACUGAAGACUGCACAGCAGUGGACCAAGGA